CUCACUUCCCACACCUGGGGCCGGUCGUUCCCUAGCUCCAGCGCCAACGUCCCCAGGUCACCUUGGACCAAGGACCAAGGACCCCGUGGGAACUCGAAAUCCCGCCACCUUGGGUCCUCCUGCACCCACGGAGGGGUGCCCAGAGAGAAGGCCUGUGCGGCAAGAACGUAAAUGAAGAGAGAGGCGUGGAAAAGAGCAGGACAAGAGAAAAAAGAUAACAAUGGGGAGGAUGCUAGUUUCCUUUAUGCCUUUUGUUACUGGUAGUAGCGGAGGAGUUAGAAGUGGCUUAAAAAAAUUUUUGUUUUCCACACAGGCAUUUUCUAAAGGCAACCCUGGAGCGCGCGGAACUAUAGAACCAUGGAAGGUCCUUCUUCCGGUUCUUUACGUCUGCGCGGUCGUAAGGCGGGAGGCCGGGGUAGAGGGAAGCCGGGAACCGGAAGUGAAGGCAGAUUGCUUCCUUCGUCGCUGUUACCGCCGCCAUACGCCUUCGCCUUGCUCAGCUCUUCUGUCAGAAACUAUUGUGUUUCUUUUCCUCUACUGUUCCUCAAGCCCCCACUUUCCUCCUCUGUCUUCCCUUAUUCUGCGUGAACUCAUCCAGAGACCCCUCCCCUUCUCCCCCUGCCGGCCCAGUUAUGGCAGAGAACGAUGUGGACAAUGAGCUCUUGGAUUAUGAAGAUGAUGAGGUGGAGACAGCAGCUGGGGGAGAUGGGGCUGAGGCCCCUGCCAAGAAGGAUGUCAAGGGCUCCUACGUCUCCAUUCACAGCUCUGGCUUUCGUGACUUCCUGCUCAAGCCAGAGUUGCUCCGGGCCAUUGUUGACUGUGGCUUUGAGCAUCCAUCAGAAGUCCAGCAUGAAUGCAUCCCUCAGGCCAUCCUGGGAAUGGAUGUCCUAUGCCAGGCCAAGUCAGGCAUGGGAAAGACGGCGGUGUUUGUGCUGGCUACACUGCAACAGCUGGAGCCAGUUACUGGGCAGGUGUCUGUACUGGUGAUGUGUCACACUCGGGAGUUGGCUUUUCAGAUCAGCAAGGAAUAUGAACGCUUCUCUAAAUACAUGCCCAACGUCAAGGUCGCAGUGUUUUUUGGUGGUCUGUCUAUCAAGAAAGAUGAAGAGGUGCUGAAGAAGAACUGCCCGCAUAUCGUCGUGGGGACCCCUGGCCGCAUCCUAGCCCUGGCUCGAAAUAAGAGCCUCAAUCUCAAACACAUUAAACACUUUAUCUUGGAUGAAUGCGAUAAGAUGCUUGAACAGCUCGACAUGCGUCGGGAUGUCCAGGAAAUUUUUCGCAUGACCCCCCAUGAGAAGCAGGUCAUGAUGUUCAGUGCUACCUUGAGCAAAGAGAUUCGCCCAGUCUGCCGCAAGUUCAUGCAAGACCCAAUGGAGAUCUUCGUGGAUGAUGAGACGAAGCUGACGCUGCAUGGGUUGCAGCAGUACUACGUGAAACUGAAGGACAACGAGAAGAACCGGAAGCUCUUUGACCUUCUGGAUGUCCUUGAAUUCAACCAGGUGGUGAUAUUUGUGAAGUCUGUGCAGCGUUGCAUUGCCCUGGCCCAGCUCCUGGUGGAGCAGAACUUCCCAGCUAUUGCCAUCCACCGUGGGAUGCCUCAGGAGGAGAGGCUUUCUCGGUAUCAGCAGUUUAAAGAUUUUCAACGACGAAUUCUUGUGGCUACCAACCUGUUUGGCCGAGGCAUGGACAUCGAGCGGGUGAACAUCGCCUUUAACUACGACAUGCCUGAGGAUUCUGACACAUACCUGCAUCGGGUGGCCAGAGCAGGCCGGUUUGGCACCAAGGGCUUGGCCAUCACGUUUGUGUCAGAUGAGAAUGAUGCCAAGAUUCUCAAUGAUGUGCAGGAUCGCUUUGAAGUCAAUAUUAGUGAGCUGCCUGAUGAGAUAGACAUCUCCUCCUACAUUGAACAGACGCGGUAGAGAACUCCCCACCCAUUCUGGAGUGUGACAGUCUGCUCCUCUUCAGGAGAUGAUGCCAGGCGUGGGGGUGAAGGAGACACUGCUGCCGCCUACCCUUGACGACCCCGUACCCCACCCCAUGGCUUCCUUCUUUUGCAUCGCCACCACUCCUAAACCCCCAUUUCCCUGAUUUGUCAGAAUUUUUUUUUAACAAAACUAAAAAACACAUGAGUCUGUGGUG